AUGCUGGAUGGGGUCACCCACAGACAAAGCCGCGACCUCUCUAGAAAGGCAAAUGCGGAGUUGUCGGAAGAGCAGCAAUGGUUCGCAAUUUGGGAUAUCGUUUUCCCCCACAAGCCACGCCCUGAAUCCGCUUACCUAGAUUCCGCUUUUGCCAUGCAAGUUUGCCUAUUUCGGGAGCAUUGUGCGCGACACGCGGAGCCGCUCCUUUUCCAGAAUCUUCGUGCUGCCGGACUAUUAGAUGAAGGCAGGUGGGCCGCCGACCAGGAGCAGCUCUUAAGGAGAGUCAUUGCAGAGUCUUUGGAUUCCGUCUGCGAUACUUUCAGCACGAAUGGCUCUUCGGACUCAGGAAUAGGUCGAAACCGCAAUUCAACACGCAAUGAGACACCCGCUGCGUCAUUGGUGGAUAGCGGUAUUGGGAUAGGAAGUCACUUCCAACCAAGGACAGCUUCAUUCGCAACUGCAUCCAAUUCACAGCAAAACAUCCUCCCAGUACCUACGGAUGUUCCAGCGGAUUUUCAAACACUAGGGUCAGAAGAGGGGGCAGUGCUUGGCUCGCAAUCUUUUGCCAGUUUACAUCAACCGGGAGCCUUAGGCCAGUCCUCUACAGCGGAUUUUCCUCUUGAUCACGAUCGACCAAGCGUGGAACAUGGUCCGGAUGAACUUGGAAUAUUUGACUUCAACUUAUCAACGGAUUUGCCUCCCCUCGAACUUUCCUCGUGGACAUUCCCACAAACAGAACUUAUCCCACACAAAGAGGGGGUUGAAAACGCUGUAUAA